GCGCGAAACUUCCUCAAUUAAAAAUUCAGUUCAUGAUCAAGCAUUGUCCACGGAGACGUUCUGUGAUUGCGUGCGAAAUAGCACUCAAUCAAAACAUAAUAACAAUCAUACGGCACGCUAUGGGGGCAUUUGUAACCAGCUACAAAGCGAACAAGAUGUCGUUGGUGAACGAGAGAUAUCAUAUUGAACACAAAUUGGGGCAGGGCUCGUUUGGUGUGGUGUUUCACGGACUUGAUACGAAACUAAACGAACGCGUUGCCGUGAAACUUGAACUAAAAACAGGCUCGUUACUCGCGCGGGAAGCGCAGGUUUACAAGUUACUGCGACACGGGGUUGGUUUCCCCAAAGGUGAGAGCUAUUAUACUAUGUGUUUAUAAAUUCAUACAUUUCUCAGUAUUAAUUAAUAACAUCCUUCAAGCAUGUUUAAACUAUCAUCUUACUAAAUGUUUAUAUAUAAUAUACACAAUGUUUUUUGAUAAGCCUGUUUUAGGCAUUGCACUCAAAAUGCCGAUAUUAGGAUCAUUACUAUAUUAUUAAUUGGAUUUUGAAACAGAUACUUUUUUCCUACUAUAUCACAUUUUAUUGUCUAAAUAAGAAACCAUAAUCCAUAUAUAGCGAUUAGCGCGAGCUUCCUGAUGCAUGUCCAUUGCGAUUGUAUAUAAUAAUUUAAAUACCCUGCAGGUUUAUCUCCAUAUCAUUUUAUAUGAUAACAUUCAGGUAUUAGAUAAGAAAUUAGUAUAGACUUAUAGUAUCAGUAUAGUAAAAACAAUUUAACCUUUUUAUAGCAAAUACUAACCCCCAAGACCUUAUAGCCUAUAGACAAAAAGUGUCUGUUUACCAAAACAGGAUUUUAGAUUGCUGUUGGCUAUUAUGCAUGGCAGUCAGAUUCUUGGUAAACAGGAAUUUGAAAAGCUAAUGCAUUUGUGCCAAGUGCGUAAUCGUUUUCAUAUAUCUGACGCAUAUAUAAGGCUUUUCAUUGUGGGACGAUUUGUCCUUUGUCUUUGACAGGAAAAGGGGGGGGGGGGGAAUAAAUCUCAGAGUUGUUAUGAUGUUUUUGUUCAUUUAAGUCGAUCGUAACUCAUUUUAAAUAUUUGUAAGCUAUUUAUCAGUAAUAUUUAUCAGUGAUAAAAUUAACAUGCAACAGUUGAUGAAACAGAUGAAAACAGUUCAAUACAAUAUUCAAUAACAAAGUAAUAUAACAAAGUUACGCAGUAUUUGUUUACAAAUGUUAUUAAACUUAUUCAAAUAUUGUUCCCAAAAUAACAAAGGUCUACUCGUGAAAAGUGUUUGAGUAAAUACGUAAACGUGACAUCGAAAAAACAGUCGGGACGUAUUUACAUGUCUUUCCAAAUUUAGGAUGUUUAAUUACAACUUGUUGUUUGUUUUAUCAAGUUGCAGUGAUUUUGAGUUAAUUAGUUAUUUAAAUUAAAUAUAGUUAUCUAGCAUUAUUUUGUCUUUUUGGCAACGAUUGCAGCAGUUUUUCAGCCUGUUUUUGCAGCCAAUAAUACGCUUUCGUGCAACUUGUAUCGCAAUGUUUAUUCACGGAAUGGCUUCCAACACCAGACAACCUGGCUGGCGCCUUUAUAAUUAGACUAGAUCCGACACUCAAUUUUUGUUCUGAAUCGAUUGCAAGUUGCACGAAACGAAUUGCAUAAUCAAGUGUAAUUACUUUAUCGAUCAUUGAACAGUUAUUAGUCUUCAAUUAAUUCAUUUUUUACCUAUUUGUUUAUGCAGUGAGAUGGUUUGGUCAAAUCAUGCCCUUUUACGACGUAAUCGUAAUGGAUUUACUAGGAACAAAUUUGGGCGAUCUGUUCAACGAAUGCGGAAACCGGUUCUCAAUAAAAACAGUCCUGAUGUUGGCUGACCAAAUGAUCAGCCGUUUGGAGUACUUGCAUAACAUGAAUAUACUUCACAGAGACAUUAAACCCGAAAACUUUGUUAUGGGCGUGGGGAAUACGCGAAACACCCUUUAUCUGGUCGAUUUUGGUCUGUCUAAAACCUUCCGUGAUGUUAAAACAAACCAGCACAUGUGUUUUCGUGACGGAAAAAGUUUAACAGGCACGGCACGAUAUGCAAGCGUGAACACGCACCAGGGAAUCGAGGCAACGCGUCGGGAUGACCUCGAAAGCGUGGGUUACGUUUUGGUGUACUUUCUCCGGGGUUUUUUACCCUGGCAAGGCGUUGCUAGGAAACAGAGCAAGAAGCAUAGGUAUUCCGUGAUAGGGGAAAUGAAAAGAACGAUUCAACUCGAAGAACUUUGUGAUGGCUGUCCUCAAGAGUUUGUAGAAUUUUUAAGAUAUUGCCGUGGGUUGGAGUUCACAGAGAGGCCAGAUUAUGCUCGUCUCAGACAAAUGUUUCGUGACCUGUUAAGAAAUCUUGGCUGCGACUAUAAUUACGAUUAUGACUGGUCAGGCAAGGUCCCAUUAUAUAGUUAGGAAUUGAAAAGGCUUCCGUUACAAGACAUUAAAUAGAUUUAUUGUGCGUGGAGUCAUUAACGUAAUUAAACACGUGGUCGUUAAGCAUCGCAAACAUUCAUAGCUUUUUGAGAGAAUACACCACAGAAAAUCAGUAGACAAUGACUGAGUUGAAAGGGCUGGUUCAGUUUGCAACUUAAAGAUUCUUUAACCAAUUAACAUAUGAUCAUGCAAGGAUUUCAGUGUGAAUGUAAUCCUCUUUGACCUUGAAGACACUGAAUAUAAAAGACUUUGUUUGAAGCAUAAAAUUAAUUCAGACGUUUUGUUGAGAUCUUAUCUAAUCAAAAAUACUAAUAAUUCAGACGUUUUGUUGAGAUCUUAUCUAAUCAAAAAUACUUUUUAUAUAAAGUUUUGUUACAUAGGAACGAGAAAUAUUUAUAAAGUAUAUAUAAAAACAAUGACAUGACGAUUUUGAUAAAGUGUAUGAACUGUAUAUAACAUUAUAGUGGUUAAGCUUAAUUAUAGAGAAGUAUUUAUAUAAAUUAUGUAUAUAAUUAUAGACAUAGAGAAAUAUAUAUUGAUAAUUAUAUUAUUUAUGAAACAUGUUUUAUAACAGAGCAAACGAGCGGGAUUUAUUUAUAUGCGAGCGCAUUCUGGCUUCACCGACAACAAUAUACUAUUCACCUGCUUUUGUUGAAAAUCUCACGAGGAAAAUCGCAUGUUGCAAAUUGUAUGCGCGUAAUAUUGAAGCCUCGGGCAAACAAAGACGAGUGUUGAUGAGAGUUGGCAGUCACGCAUUGUUAUGGGGGGGGGGCACAUUUCAAGCUCUAGAUUAAUGAACAAAAUAAAGGUUUGACGAGUGUUUCCAACUAUGUUUUAAAGUAAAUAAAAUCAUGACAUGAUAUUGUUGGGAAAGCAUUAAGAACAGCUAACCAAGGUCGGUAACUGCCAUAGAUAUCUUAUAUACACUAGUGCAUCUAAUUAUUCUGCAAUUCAAAAAUUGAAGCCGUGAUUCGGCAGACUCAGGAUAUUCCCAUGAAUUGAUGAAAUGAGAAGACUCGUAUGUUUUCUAUUUCUUAAACAGGGAACUUAAACAUUAAGUUAAACCUAUUCCAAAUGCAUUUUCAAACUAUUCAAAUGAUGAAAGUUAUUGUUGUUUUUUAAGCGUUUGUUAGCGAGUGGGAAACUCCAACAUGGCCGCCAUCUAUUCAAAUGGGGGUAACCGCUGGAAUAUUCUUGACUUCAAAAAUUACUAAAAGAGAUGCGCUAUCUAGUGAGUAUAUAAGAUAUCUAUGGUAACUGCCAAUCUCAUUUGAUUCGGCCUUUUCCGUACAUACAUGUGCACACACAAAACAGGGCUAUCGAAGGUCGUGCCAAAGCAUAAUAUCCUGCCCGUUCCACA